CUGCCCAACGGGGCCCCCCCGGGUCCCCCCCCCGUGGCCGACGACAGCAAAACCAACCUGAUCGUCAACUACCUGCCGCAGUCCAUGAGCCAGGAGGAGCUGCGGAGCCUCUUCGGCAGCCUCGGAGACAUCGAGUCCUGCAAGCUCGUCCGGGACAAGGUCACCGGGCAAAGCCUGGGCUACGGCUUCGUCAACUACGUGGAGGCCGGCGACGCCGACAGGGCCAUCGGGGCCCUCAACGGCCUCAAGCUGCAGACCAAGACCAUCAAGGUGCCCUGGGGACAUGGGGGUGGGCACCUGGGGGGCUUCCGGG